UCAACUCCUCACUCUCGACUGCAGACUCCCCCAAACCCCGACCGCCGGCCUGGCGCGCGGCUGCGCCCACCGGCUCCGCGCUGCCGCUUGCCGCCGCCGCCGCCGCCGCCGCCGCCUCCCCGCAGAUCCGCGGGCCCGCGGGCCUCCCAGGCUAGUGCCCGGCCCAGCCUGCCCCGGCCCGUAGCCUCGGUGCGCCCCGGCCGGGCGUGGAUGGAGGGCGCCGCGCGCGCUGCCCGCUGCUCUGCGUGACGCGGGUCUCGCACCCCGCGCCCACCAUGUCCUACCCGCAGGGCUACCUGUACCAAGCGCCCGGCUCGCUGGCGCUCUACUCGUGCCCCGCGUACGGCGCGUCGGCGCUGGCAGCGCCGCGCAGCGAGGAGCUGGCGCGCUCGGCGUCGGGCUCCGCGUUCAGUCCGUACCCCGGCUCGGCGGCCUUCACAGCGCAGGCGGCAACCGGCUUCGGCAGCCCGCUGCAGUACUCGGCAGACGCCGCCGCUGCAGCUGCCGCGGGCUUCCCGUCCUACAUGGGCUCGCCAUACGACACGCACACCACCGGAAUGACUGGCGCCAUCAGCUAUCACCCAUAUGGCAGCGCGGCCUACCCAUACCAGCUCAACGACCCCGCUUACCGCAAGAACGCCACGCGGGACGCCACUGCCACGCUGAAAGCCUGGCUCAACGAGCAUCGGAAGAACCCGUACCCCACCAAGGGAGAGAAGAUCAUGUUGGCCAUCAUCACCAAGAUGACCCUCACGCAGGUCUCCACCUGGUUCGCUAACGCGCGCCGGCGCCUCAAAAAGGAGAACAAGAUGACCUGGGCCCCGAGGAACAAAAGCGAGGACGAGGACGAAGACGAAGGAGAUGCUGCCAGGAACAAGGAGGAGAGCCCCGACAAGGCUCAGGACGGCACAGAGACCUCGGCAGAGGACGAAGGGAUUAGUCUGCACGUCGACUCGCUCACGGACCACUCGUGCUCGGCGGAGUCAGAUGGGGAGAAAUUGCCCUGCCGCGCCGGGGAUCCCUUGUGCGAAUCGGGUUCGGAGUGUAAGGACAAGUUUGAGGACCUGGAGGAUGAGGAGGAAGAGGAGGAAGACGAGUGCGAGCGGGACCUGGCGCCUCCCAAACCCGUCACCUCCUCGCCACUCACCGGCGUGGAGGCACCCCUGCUGAGCCCGGCGCCCGAAGUCGCGCCGCGUGGUGGCAGCGGUGGCAAGACGCCCCUAGGCAGCCGGACGUCGCCUGGAGCGCCACCGCCCGCAAACAAACCCAAGCUGUGGUCGCUGGCCGAGAUCGCCACUUCGGACCUCAAGCAACCAAGCUUGGGCCCGGGGUGCGGAGCUCCGGGGCUGCCAGCUGCCGCCGCGCCCGCCUCAUCUGGGGCCCCUCCAGGAGGCUCGCCCUACUCCGCCUCUCCGCUGCUGGGCCGCCACCUCUACUACACGUCGCCUUUCUAUGGCAAUUACACAAACUACGGGAACUUGAACGCCGCGCUGCAAGGCCAGGGCCUUCUGCGGUACAACACCGCGGCUUCCGCACCAGGCGAGACGCUGCACGCCGCGCCCAAGGCGGCUAGCGAUGCGGGCAAGGCGGGCUCGCACCCUCUGGAGUCCCACUACAGGCCUCCGGGCGGCGGCUACGAGCCCAAGAAAGAUGCCAGUGAGGGCUGUGCGGUUGUUGGCGCAGGCGUCCAGCCCUACCUAUAGGAGGGCCAAGCUCAGCAGUGCAAGUAGGUGUCACAAUUGCUUUG